CCGAAGAAAACAACAAGAUUUUGAUGAAUCACUUAUCUGAUAUUCAAAAUGACCUUGAAAAACGAAGUGAAGUUUUAAAAGAAUUAGGGGAAUAUUUGACUAAGCUCGACAACUGGAUGAAGUUGAGAACGGUAUGCAAGUAUAAAACUCAUUAUUGCUCUGAUUUUGGAGCCGCCAAAAACAAAUCAUUUCCGCCAAUCAUAAAACCAUCACUCAUAACAUAGUUAAUUUAAAUAUUAUUAUUACAUGUAUACGGGUUUGUGAAGAUUUUCAGCAAUGCUUUUGUCAUUACCUCUUAUUUGAUCAACGUUGCAUGAUUGUUAGUGACGCUCCCUUUUUGCACAUGCAGCUGACUUACAACAUGAUUCAAUUUAUACCAUAAGUUCUUGAAUAAGACCCCACCUUUGAAUAAGCCCCCUCUUCGAAUUAACCUCCACCCUAAAGUAAUUUGUGAAAUAAGCCUGCAUCUUCGAGUAAGCAUGGAUUCAAUGGCAGCUGCACUCCCUGUUAAUUUUUGUAAUAUUACGGGUAUUCUCUCGCACACACAUAGGAUGGGCACCCAAAAGUGUGUCAUUCUAAAUUUAGAUCAGUUUUGCCAAGCUUCAGUGGCCCUGGGGCAAAACUGAAGAAUAAUGGCCCUUGUACAGGAAGCAAGCAGAAAAUUUUGCAGCAACGUUCUUUGGAUUAGUUCAAAAUACAUUUCAGAGUGAUUUGAUGUAAAAUUGAUUUAAACAAAGGAAAAGUGCCGGCCAAUUUUUGGUAUCAACAGCCAAUGGUCUGAGAGUACAAAUGCAAUAUUGAAAGAACUGCCAAGCACCGGAAAACUGCUCUCUCAAGUCUACAGAGUAUUCAAAGAUUACAAUGAAGCUGGCUUCCUUUCCGGUGUGUUGCUGGACUGCAUCACAAAUUUCUCAAAUUUACUCAAUUCCUUGAGAGAUGACACUUCUAAGCACAACAAAAGAGUUCAAUGCUGGGCAGCUGAAUUGCUACAGAUCUGUACACUUUCUUGCAUAAGUGAAGAUGAAGCUAGACUAAUGGACUUAUUCGGAACCUCACAAGAUGAACUGGUUGAUGCCCAAAUUGUGGAGGUAGCAUCAAUUAUCAACAAUUUGCAGCCCGAUGAGGGACUUCAUUUGAAACUGCAGGACAUUUCACAAAUGCUCUUACCAUUAAUUGAAGAACCAAAACUGAAAUGCAUUAUUGAAUCAGUUGUUAUUCUGCACGAAAAAAGUCUCCGGGUUUCAAGGUUAGAUCAAAUUGUUGGUUCCGCCACGAAUGAAUUCUUCAAAAAACUUGCUAGCUGCCGAAAUCUUGUUAAAGGUUUUAGCGACGAUAGCCUCGUUGCCCUCUGGAGAUGCUACCUUCCUGCGUUUGAAUUCGAGAUCAUUGACCUUGUGAAAAUGGCCGUUUGCAGGCCGUUUAAUGACAGCUACUCAAUUUCAAAGUUGUUGGAGACUGAAGCGAGCCUUGUCUGCACUUGCUGCAAUAAUUAUCUGGAGUUUUAUGAAUGCACUUUUGAUACCCUGAGACAAUGCUUGCGGAAAUUUGGUUGCUACCCAACCUUGGUUUCGCUAAUCAGCACUUUACAUGGAAUGAUUCUUAUGAAAUUAUCUCAGAAUGAUUUGCUCAAUAACUCAUUUGUUUCUGAUGUGUUUCUUUCUUUACCGCCGACAAUUGAAGGUUUGAGUCUUGAUUCAAAGUUGAACGCUGUUAUGUUUAUGUCACACGAAUUAAAUCGCCUAGAACAUUGCAACUUAUAUGACAGUAGAUCAGACACGUGGUUUGCCUUGGUGAAAUACAAAUAUGUCGUUGACAGCGCACUCACUUUCACCUUCCACGAUUCAACAUCUCAUAUAGAGCACUGCAUUGAUCUUCUUUGCUGGUUCUACUUUCCAACAAAGCCGAUAGCAGCAAAGAAAACCUUUCAAGCUGUCAUCUCGAAUUUAAAAGGCCUUGUAUCAAGAAAUUUGUUACAAGUAUCGGAUCUUUCUGAUGUUAUCAACUCAUGCACGAGCAAUGUGGCUGAUGGUAUUAACCCAAUACCAUUGCUCCGUGCCUUGGUAUUUCAGUUCUUGAUUCGUGCCAAUGCAAGUCAUUGCAUCAUGCAAGAAUCCCUUUCUAUGGUUACAGAGGAUCUUACAAAUGAAGAAAAGUUGGAUUCGUGGCUCCGUUCUUUGGAACAAUAUUUUAUGGACGGCUGCAAUGACGGGGACAAAUUUAAGCUUGCCAAUUUCAGAAAAGUUAAGAAAAGAGCAUUUAUUCUCAACCUACGUGUUUUGUUAGAUCAAAUAAGCCCAGAAAAUUUUUUAUCUGUCAAUGCCAAGCGUACAACGGCUUCAGAAGAAGACCAGUGCCAACAAGAGUGCCAACAAGACUUAAUAAAACGCACCAUGAAGUUGAUACAGAUAAUUGAAGCAAGUCAUUAAUAUUGCAUUUAUAUUUAUAUUUAGAUAGACCUUAGUCAUUUUAUCAGAUUUUCGUUGUUCAUAAACAUAUAUUCUGUAGGCAACCCUUAAUAAUGAGCUUGUUGCCUUAGCGAUUUACUUCAAAGAGGAAGGCUAUCCAUUUUUCCGUUCUUCGUUUCCGUUUCGCAAUUAGGAUCUGCCAUGCCCACCUGCAGCGUUUUUUAGAAAGCAGCCUCACUUUGAAAUUUUCGAGGUAAGCAUGAAUGC